CGGUUAUUCAACUUGUUUACAGUGUGCUGUGUAGCUACGCAACUACCUCCGCACUUAUGGAGUACUUGUGGCUCUUGUGGGUGGUAUGAUAUGCACCUGCGUUUGGUAGGUUCAGUUGCGUUGCACGGGUGGAGGCAACGGUAUCCCCAAAGCUUGAUUUCAUGUACACCGUAUGCAUUUAUCGGGUUCUGCGUUGGACUGUGCGAUCCUGCUGUGGGCAACUCUUUACCUCAUGUCUUUAGACCUGAUGGAUGCAGUGCGACAUGGGUUGUUGUGCAUGUGGAUGGUUGGUCUCGGUUUGUCUGCUUUUGGUUCGUUCCGUACCUCUCGUGUGCCAUAUGAUGUGGUUGUGCUUGGUUUGGCUGGGUUGGACAUUUCGGCGUAAUGGCUUUGAGACGCCAUCCGGUAUAUGUAUCGGGUAUAUGCUUGGGAGCUUGACAUGUCCUUCGGUUGAUUGAGCACUCCUUCGACCAUUUAAUGCUAUGUGGCUGGUGAGUGUAAAUGCUCUCUUGCUCGAU